UUUAUCUUUUCCGGUUUAGUUAGGGCAUCAUUAUUUCCAUUUAAUGUUAAUUUAAUUAAAUCCUAAGUGAAUUUGGAAUCUCCGAUGAACCACCUCUUCUAUAAAUAAAGACGAUCGAGAUCGAUUGUAAGAGAGGCAAAACAGAAAUUUUGUUAGACGUAAUUUAAUCAUUAAGGAUUAUGGAGGGCACUUCGACAUGGAUUCUAAACUAUGAAUCUACGACGCACAUCGUUGAUUACAAAAAUUCAGGAUCCUUCUCAAUAAAUAUCCAAGGAUUUGAGCGGAUUCUUAUCCGGAGUCCUAGCGGUCGUGAAACUUUGGCUCAACAAAAAUAUCUUGGAGAGAAGAAUGCAACAGUAACAAUCGAAUCCGAGAUCCCACCUUCUUUCCUCACUGGAGAAGAAAUAUGUAGUAGAUAUGUGGCUAACGUGUUGUCCAAGGAAAAUAUCAACAACUGGAUUCAGCAAAGAGUUGUUCCUAAAAUCUGCGAAGACGUGAUUAAUAUAAGUCGCCGCCUUGAAGAAGAAGAAGAAGAAGGUUUCUUGGUUGAAGCUGAAGUUGAAGUUGUUCUAGAAACAUUGUAUACUGAUUGGUUAAGCUUCAAUGAUUACGACUCUCAAGGUGUUCUAAUACCAACAGAAGAAGAGUGCAUAAUAUGUCUAGAAGAGUUAUCAUCAUCAAGUGGUGAGAGGAGGAUCAUGAAUUUGCUUUGUUCCCACAGUUUUCAUAAGGAUUGUCUUCUCCCGUGGCUGCGACGCAAGCGUUCAUGUCCAACUUGUCGUGACGACGUCCACAAUCCUCGACUAGAAGAAGACCACCAGGAAUGA